CGUGUAGCCAUAGCCGCGGCUCCCUGUGGCUGCCUCCGUGUAUGUUUGGUUGGUUGCCUAACUAUGCGCAAGCAGUUUGUGCUCGUCAGUCCGCGCCUGCGCACGUCAUGAAUUUACUGGCGGUAUUUCUGUUGUUUGCGCCGAUGGCGCUGGCGUUACACAGCGGCGGGCUGGCUCCGUGGCGCCCUCUCAACGACAACAACAAAGUCCCGAGCUUCGGGCUUGGAACAUGGCUUGGCUUCUCAGACAAGGGGCGCGUGGAGCCUCAAGGUCACGAGGUAGAAGAUGCGGUGGCGUGGGCCAUUGAUGCUGGGUACCGACAUAUCGACACUGCACACAUUUAUGAUACCGAGGACCAGGUCGGACGAGCCAUUAAGAAAAAGAUAGACGACGGGACGGUGAAGAGGGAAGACCUGUUCGUCACGACUAAGCUGUGGAACGACGCACAUGCGCGCGAGGCAGUGGAGCCAGCAUUACGUCGAUCUCUGCAGAAACUGGGGCUGAAGUAUAUCGACCUGUACCUGAUUCACUGGCCUGUCGGAACUUAUGCCAACAAUUCGUUCGACAGCACAGACUACGUGGACACGUGGCAGGGCAUGAUCGCAGCCAAGGAGAAGGGUCUCACCAGGUCCAUCGGCGUCUCCAACUUCAACCAGCAGCAGCUGGAGAGGCUCAUCAAGGCCAGCAACGUGAAGCCCGCCAUGCUGCAAGUUGAGCUGAACCUGAACCUCCAGCAGCCCUCUCUCCUCGCCUACUGCCGCUCGCAGGACAUCCUGGUGACCGCCUACACUCCCUUCGGUUCCCUCUUCCCAAGCAAGGCCAAACCCGACGCGCCGCCACCACGGGUUGACGAUCCGGAGCUCGUCUCUAUAGCUGGGAAAUAUAACAAGACUGUGCCGCAGAUCGCACUGAGAUACUUGUGGGAGCUCGGCGUAACCCCAAUCCCGAAGUCCAUCACUCGCUCUCGAGUGGAACAGAACAUCCAGAUCUUCGACUUUGGACUCAGCGCAGAAGAGAGGAAGAAGCUGGCGGCGUUCGACAGAGGAUACCGUACCAUCGACGUCAAAUGGUGGAGGGAGUCUCCGCACUACCCUUUUGAGAAGAAUUAAGCCUUUUACUGUAUUUUUUUUAAAUAAAAAUCUUAAUAAUAAACUUA